AGAUUCAAUCAUUCGGAAAAUAAAUGUUUCAAUACUUCAGACCCAUCUCACUGAAUUUUCAAUAACUGAAGAAGUCUAUCAAUUCUGACAAGUGCCAUCCAGAAAGUUGCUGUCGAACAUUCAGAGUGGUCCCAAAACUGAGUUAGCCCCUAGUAAAACUUUGUCCAUCUACUGACAUAAAAAUGUCUGAAAUAAGAUUCAGCUCUCUCACCUGGGAUCAAGUUAUAAUACUAGAUCAAGUGUUAGAUGAAGUGAUUCCAAUUCAUGGAAAAGGACACUUUCCCACUAUGGAUGUAAAACCAAAAGAUAUCAUUCAUGUUGUGAAAGACCAACUCAUAGAGCAAGAUAUUAUCAUUAAAGAUACUCGACUGAAUGGUUCCACAGCAAGUUACAUACUUGCAAGCCAUAGUGGAAUCACCUAUAAGGAUUUGGACAUUAUUUUUGGUGUCGAACUUCCAAGUGAUCAAGAAUUUCAGGUUAUUAAAGAUACAGUUCUAAGUUGUCUACUCGACUUUUUACCAAAAGGCGUUAAAAAGGAAAAGAUCACGACGACGAUCAUGAAAGAGGCCUAUGUGCAGAAAAUGGUCAAAGUUUGCAAUAAUCAUGAUCGUUGGAGUCUCAUCUCUCUUUCAAACAAUACUGGGAAGAAUAUAGAACUAAAAUUUGUGAAUUCACUCAGACGACAAUUUGAAUUUAGUGUUGAUUCCUUUCAAAUUGUUCUUGAUUCCAUGCUAGACUUCUAUGUGGACAAAAAUGCCAGUCUCAGCCAAGGAUCCUAUCCUGUUGUUGUAGCUGAAAGCAUGUACGGAGACUUCCAGGAAGCAAUGACACACUUGCAAUACAAACUUAUAUCUACCAGAAACCCUGAAGAGAUUAGAGGUGGUGGCCUUCUCAAGUACAGCAACUUGCUAGUUCAUGACUUCAAGCCAGCUUGUCAAAGAGAAAUCAAGAUUCUGGAACGUUACAUGUGUUCUAGAUUCUUCAUUGAUUUUCCUGAUAUAAGAGAACAACAAAAGAAAAUCGAAUCAUACCUCCGCAAUCAUUUCAGAGGUGAGGAAAGGAGCAAGUAUGAAUACCUUAUGACCUUGCGUGGAGUUGUGGAUGAAAGCACUGUUUGCCUCAUGGGCCAUGAAAGAAGGCAGACUCUUAACAUGAUCACUGUUAUGGCUUUAAAGGUACUUGGAGAACUGAAUGUCCUACCCAAUACAGAUAACGUAACUUGCUUUUAUCAGCCGGCACCCUACUGCACUGUUCAGGGAAGUGGCCCUAGUUAUUAUGUAAGUUCUGGACCACCACCUAUUUUCUUCCAGCCAUACCACCCACUACACUUUCGUGUGCCAAAUGGUAUGUUUUAAAACACAUACGCACAUACACAACAGGAACUUGCUUUUAAUCAAAUACCUCUUAAAGCAAGUUUUUAUGUACUCUAGAUCCACUUUUAUUUCAUGGCUGUAAUCCAUCAUUUAUAGCUUAAACAUUAAAUAUAAUAGCAUUUGUAACAUCAACUCUUUAAAAUAUUUUUAAAUGUUAUUGAUUAAUAACCACUUUCAA